GUUAGUAAAAUGUAUUAUCAUUAAGUGUUGAAUACAAAUCAAAGUCAGGCAUUUGUGAGUACAAUAAAUACUGAAAGAGCAAGAUGUCAGACAUAACAUUAUAAAGAAAAUUCUAAAUAAUUUCUCUAUUAAUAGCCAAUUUAAUAGCAAUAGUAAAAUUUGAAUGAAUAGUUAUUAAUUUAAAACUAAAAGGUAUUGAUUUUAAUAUAAACAACUUUAGCUUAAUGAUUAAAAUAUUAGAUUAUAGAAUGAAUGCAAGAGAUUAGAAUAUCAUUUGAAUUUAAUUUAACAGAAUUUUUAGCAAUUAAAAUAAUUAUAUGAUUAAGAUUAAUUGGAUAUGCAACGUAUAACACAUUUUUGUCAUCAAUAAUAAUAAGAGCAUAAUGCUAUGUAAACAAGAAUACUUGACCUGGAAUAAGAGAACUUUUAACUUCAUCAUGAAAUAGAUCAUUAUUAAAAGAACUUAAAGGAUUAGGAAUUUAUGGAGAAUUAAAGAAAAGAAAUAGUGAUUGGGUAAUAAAAAUUGAUAGAACUUCAGGAAGAAAUGAAAAAAGAAGUUGAUUAAAUAAAACAUGAUCCUUUAAUGGAGAUCUUGGAAUUGUGGAGAGAUAGAGCUUUAAAAUCUUGCACUUAUAAUAGUUAAUAAUAAUCAACCAAGAAAAUUAAUACAACAAAAGAGAAAUAUCAAAAAUUGACAAGAUUAACAAUGUAAGCAGCUGAGUUAUUAAGUUUUAAAUUAAAUUAUAAAUGA